UAACUUUUCCGCCGCCUCGCUCAACUUCCUCAUUGGCAGCGCGAGCGAAGUGUAGUCCAGUUUAGCGACGAUCCGGCGUCAAACCACACGGCGCGUUCGGGUUUACUUCUAUCUUCGAGCCUCGAAAAUGUCGAAGCCUCCUCCUAAGCCGGCCAAGCCAGGCCAAGUCAAGGUGUUCAGAGCAUUGUUCACCUUUGACCCCAGAACGCCCGACGAGCUGUACUUUGAAGAAGGAGACAUUUUGUACAUCUCAGACACAAGCGACACUAACUGGUGGAAGGGGACGUGCAGAGGACGGACAGGGCUAAUUCCAAGUAACUAUGUGGCUGAGCAGGCAGAGUCAAUCGACAACCCCAUGCACGAAGCAGCCAAACGAGGGAACAUGAGUUGGCUGAGGGAAUGUCUGGAGAACAGGGUUGGAAUUAAUGGUCUGGAUAAGGCAGGAAACACCGCCCUCUACUGGGCAUGCCACGGAGGACAUAAAGAUGUUGUGGAGCUGUUGCUCAGCCAGUCCGGUGUGGAGCUCAACCAGCAGAAUAAACUCGGGGACACAGCUCUGCACGCUGCUGCCUGGAAAGGUUACUCUGACAUUGUGGAAAUGUUGCUGAACAAGAAUGCGAGGAUAGACGUCAGGAACAAUGAGAAAAAGCUGGCCGUGGAAAUGGCCACCAACGCCCUGUGUGCCUCGCUUCUCAAACGGAAGCAGGGGAACACUGUCACGCGCACACACAGCAACGCUGAAGAGUAUUUGGACGACGAGGACUCGGACUGAGCUGCCGGGUUGGGAGUUCGUCACUGUCCUCCACUGGGUUUUUGGGAGAGGGUUGUGAAGCUUGUAGAGUUUUAUUACGGACCUAAAAUGGAUUUGCCGCCCUGUUUCCCGCUGUAACUCCAUUUUAGCCCCGUUAUUUUGUGCGAACUCUGUUCCGAAGCCCUGUGCGUCGCGCCAGUGUGAAUUCUACGGCAUUGAAUGAAUGCGCAGCGCGACUCAGCCGCUUCGCCAAGUGCAUUUAUACAUGUAAGGACUUGGAGCGUCUGUUGCACACUGGGAGCUGAGGGUAGAGGACGUGCAGUAGUGUAACAAUGGACCAAACGCAUUCCAAAUAUACAAAGCAUGUUCAACCAAUGUAACCUGGAAAUUAAAAUGUGCCAGUGUGGAUUAAAACAUUGAUCUGCCUCCAAAUAUUUUAUCAAUAUCAUUAAAAUAACAGAACUACAGGUAUUAAUUUCUCUCCCAGCUUGGUGCUCUGUCACAUUUAUAAACCUUGCAUUUAGGGACCCAAAGACUGACCCGUGGUACCGGUUCCGUCAUGUUAAGGGUCUCGAUCGUGCAUAAAUUGGAUUCACUGGGGAAAAGGGCAUAACUCAUCUGCCGUCUUCGCACUGUGACACUCGGCUGUUAUUCUCUGUACUACAUUCAUUUAGGUCUAUGUAAUAGCAUUUCCACCGCCAUUAAACAUCAAUUCAGUCGAAGUCUCUGUGGAACAGAGGUUAUUAUUCCUUAAUCUUUCGAGCUUUUGCCGGUUUGAUUUCCAUUCUGGGAGCACAUUUUUGGUUUUAUUGCUGCUUUCAAACAAAUUAUAUUAAAAGUGCCUGAAACGUGUGUAAGAGUAUAAGUAUGUGAGAUUUAAGAUGAUUUCUAUCUGCUGUGAUUUCAAUCUGCAAUAAAAUACAAACCUAAAAUGUU